CAACGGCCGUAUUGGUGAUACGGAAGGCUACUCCAACGCAUCGGCAUCGCUCUUGUCCGCGGCGGCCGCCGGCGGCGGGCUAUUGAGUCGUGUCGUCUCCGGCGAGGCCGCGAGCGACCCCUGAACCAUUACCAAUGCCGCCGCGCGCGCUGCCACUGCCGCACUUCACCCUCCCACCCCUCGCCGGCGAGGACUACCUAUUCGUGGCCGCGCUCCGCUCCCACCUCUCCUCCUCGCCGCCCCCCGCCGCCGCCUCGCUCUCCCGUUUCCUCCCCUGUCUCACCCCUCUCCGCCUCGCCCACCUCCUCCUCCAACUCGCCCGCCCGGCGCUUGCACAGGGCUUCCCGCACGGCCUCCUCGCCGCGCUCCUCCCAUCGCCGCCUCCCCCGCUCCCGUUCGCCAUCCUGAUCCACUCCCUCCCGCCGCGCCGCUGUGCCGAGCUCCUCGCCUCCGUGCUCCCCUCCGUCUCGCCGCAUGCCUUCCCGGACCUCCUCCACCACGUCCUCCUCACCGCCCGCCUCGCCUCCGGGCCGCGGCUCCCCGCGGCCGCCGCUGCCGUGGCCGUCCCAGCCCUUGACGUCCUCUUCUCAGCAUGCGCGCGCAGCCAGAAGCUCUCCCGGGCCACGCUCGCCUACCGCGCCAUGCGCGCGCACGGCCUGCUCCCGGCCGUCGCGUCCUGCAACGUCUUCAUUUCCGCCGCGCUCCGGCUGCGGCGCCCUGAGAUCGCCGUCUCCUUCUUCCGUGAGAUGCGCCGGGGCCGGAUCUCGCCCAAUGUGUACACGGCGAACAUGGUGAUGCGGGCGUUCUGUGCCAUGGGGCAGGUCGCGGACGCGGCCCUGGUGCUCGACGAAAUGUCGGACUGGGGAGUUGGGAGGACGGCUGCCAGUUUCAACACGUUGAUCGCCGCGUACUGCAGGGACAGUGGCGGCAUGGAGCCCGCGCUGCGGCUCAAGGAGAGGAUGGAGCGUGAGGGGCUCGCACCAGACGAGGUGACAUAUAACACGAUUGUGCAUGGGCUGUGCAAGGAGGGCAGGAUGCGGCAGGCGAACCGGGUGGUGAGCGAGAUGAGGGUGAAGGGGGUGGCGCCGAACACAGUCACCUACAACACUCUGAUUUAUGGGUACGUGAAGCUCGGUGAUAGCGAGGCGGUGUCGAGGGUUCAUGAAGAGAUGGUGAAGGCCGGAGUGGGGGUCAAUAUGGUAACAUACAACGCUCUGAUUCUUGGUCUUUGCAACGAAGGGAAGAUGAGGAAGGCCGGGCGUUUGGUUCAGCAGCUUUGCACAGCCAAACUUGAACCGAAUGCUUCAACUUUUGCGGCGCUGAUUGUUGGGCAGUGCAAGAAGCAGAACUCAGAGCGAGCGCUAGAUCUGUUGAAUGCGAUGAAGAAAAGCGGGUUUCAUCCGAAUUACGACGCCUAUAAGAUCGUUGUAUCCACUUUCUGUAAGAACAAGGAUUUCGAAGGAGCAGUGGAUGUUAUGAAGGACAUGCUUGGGAGGUGCAUGGCUCCUGACAAGGCCUUGUUGCAUGAAUUCUUUGAAGGCCUUUCUGAAGCUAAAAAACUACACCUGGCAGCGGACCUCCGUUCAGUGGCUAACGGUGAAAGGUUGAUUCCUGAUGUCUAGGAAUAAAGAUGAAGAUAAAACCACAUGUUAACAUGUAUGGUGGACUACCAAGUUUAAUGAAAAUGUUUGUUCGGUGAA